AUGGACAACUCUUGUUUCGGUACUCGGGAUCAAUUUCAACGACAAUGGAAGUUGAAAAUGCAAGAAUUACAGCAAGAAGACGAAGAGGCAGAAGAAGACGCCACAUCUCAUGUCAAUCAAUUAUCAACGAAUCGGUCACUGGAAGUUAAUGGUCGAAGUAGCGCAAAUAUCACAGCUGUUCGUAGUCAACCUGCCAAAACGCAUGUGUAUCGUCGAAGUCAAGAGGAAACUACAGAUCGUGAUUCCAGAUCACCUAGUCCAUUAUCCGAUAGUGAUGAUGGUUUAAAUACGAAUAUUGGCAAUACUAAUCCAGCUCCCGUAGAAGCUACAAAAAAUAAAUCAUUAAAAUGUUUACCAGAUCGGAAAUCAUUUGGAGAUCGUGGUCGUACAAUAUGGUAUAUAAAAUGUCCAGAUAUUAUGUACGUGCUAUAG